GCACACGUGCCCUGGACACUGCGGGGACCAGCCGUCCAGCAGGCUGGGGACAGGCGGCAUGCUGCGGCUGCUGGCGUCCCGCUGUGGAGGCGGGGGUUCACGUCCUGUCUCGGGGCUCCGCAACCCCGGCCGCAGCCUCGACCGCCAGGCCUCUGAUGCCCCCCGGAACCAGCCCCCCAGCUCUGAGUUCGUGGCCCGGCCAGUGGGCGUCUGCUCCAUGAUGCGGCUGCCUGUGCAGGCCUCCCCUGAGGGGCUGGAUGCCGCCUUCGUCGGGGUGCCCCUGGACAUUGGGACCUCCAACAGGCCAGGGGCUAGAUUUGGACCCCGACGGAUCCGGGAAGAAUCAGUGAUGCUUCGGACAGUCAACCCUAGCACAGGAGCCCUCCCCUUCCAGUCCCUCAUGGUUGCAGACCUAGGCGAUGUGAAUGUCAAUCUUUACAACCUUCAGGACAGCUGCCGCCUAAUUCAAGAGGCCUAUCAGAAAAUUGUGGCCUCUGGCUGUAUUCCUCUGACCUUGGGUGGAGAUCACACAAUUACAUAUCCUAUAUUGCAAGCCAUGGCAAAAAAGUAUGGCGCUGUGGGGCUGCUGCACGUGGAUGCUCACACGGACACGGCCGACAAAGCCCUGGGAGAGAAGAUCUAUCACGGGACGCCCUUUCGCCGGUGCGUGGACGAGGGCCUCCUGGACUGUAAGCGUGUAGUGCAGAUUGGCAUCCGGGGCUCUUCCAUGACCGUGGAUCCCUACAGAUACAGCCGGAGCCAGGGCUUCCGGGUGGUCCUGGCUGAAGACUGCUGGAUGAAGUCGUUGGUUCCUCUGAUGGCGGAAGUGAGGCAGCAGAUGGGAGGCAAACCCAUUUAUAUUAGCUUUGAUAUUGAUGGCUUGGAUCCUGCCUAUGCCCCAGGGACGGGGACUCCUGAAAUUGCUGGUCUCACUCCUAGUCAGGCUCUGGAGAUCAUCCGGGGGUGUCAAGGCCUGAAUGUGGUAGGUUGUGACCUUGUGGAAGUUUCACCGCCAUACGAUCCUUCGGGGAACACGGCCCUCCUGGCAGCUAACCUGCUGUUUGAGAUGCUGUGUGUUCUCCCCAAAGUGACAGUCGUUUGAAUUUCAUGCUCUUCAAGAUAAAACAGAUUGCAUCAAUGAAAAAUUUUCAAGAAGAAUUUAUGAGCAAGCAGUCUGAGUACUAAAGAGUUUAUGCCAA